CAGCUAAUCGUUCUUCAAGUUUUUUCGUGUAUUUAUUCCGCAAAUCAAAAUGGAAUUUGAGCCUCGUACAAUUGUUAAUGGUUCAACACUAAAACGACAUUCCGGCCAGUCAAUCAGCAUCCAUGUUUAUGUGGAGCGAGCGGACAAGGAUGGAACCAGUUUCAACGCUCGAUCUACCGACGAUGUUACGCUACAGGUUCACUUGAAUCAACCCCUAACCGCUCCAGUGCACGGUUGGGUCGAAGUCAUCGGUAUGGCCGGUUCGAAUAAUAGUAUACGGUGCAAAGAGAUUAUUACUUACCAAGGAACGUCGGAGCAGGAGUUUGACGUCGAGGGGCACAAUAUGUUGUGCAUGUUUCUUGACAAUUGCCGAGAUAUGUACCGAAUGGGAUAAAUUCUUUUUAAGUAAGCUUAAUUUUUUGUAAAAUGUUU